GCCCCUAAUCCGGCGCCUUCCGGCUCCGGCGGCCACGGUUAGUUUGCGUCUCUCUCCGCUCUUCCAGAAUCUGAGUCUCCAUUACCCCAGCGGCGCAACGCCUAGUGCACGGGGGAGGUGGAAGCACUCCAGCCGCAGACUGGUUUCCGAGGCCACUCGUUGCAAGUUUCCUCGAAUUCUCUCCGGGUCUCCGGCGUCCACGGAAGAGGAAUCUGUUUGUUCCCCCACCCCCACCCUUCUUCCCCAGCUUGGCGGGGGAGGCGGGGCCCCGAAGAGCCGUUACUGCAGGCCGGGGGCGCUGGCCCUUUCUAACCCUGCUUCUACCUCUGACCUCUGCUUUGCUGGAGGAGGUAGGCACCUGAGGGCCUUCCACUUACCCCGCCGUGCCCCCGUGAACGUGAUCUCAGUCUGAUCUAGGCAUCAGGCUGGUCUUGGAGGCUCAGACUUUGUAUUCAGCCCUCACAGCCAUUCCCUCAAUUGGCCCACGGAGGAUCACCUUUCUCCUGGAUCUUUGUAACACCUUCCUCAUUGGUCUUUUCUACCUUUACCCUCUCCCUACAGGUCCUGUUUGUGCUACUAAACUUGCUUUUUGAUGCUUGCACAUUUUGCCAGGUGAUAGCAUCUUUUCCCUAUUUCUUAUCCCAAUUGUAAUCUACACUUAUAUUAAGUAGAAAUUCCUUGGUCUUCUCAACUUUUAUUUUUUAAAAUUCAUUUCUUACCCUUCAGAGAACAAAAAUCAUUCAAAUAACCUUUAAAAAACAUGCUCUGCUUCCUUUAUAAUCUUAUGUCAAGCUAUAUCAACCCCACAGGAAUCUUGUCCUCUCUAGGAAGUUUUUCUUGACUAGAACCUGACAUACUUUUAGAUUACAUAGAAAUAUAAGAAAAUUCUCAGCAUAUUUUGAGUGAUAUAUUCCAAGUCAUUGUUCCAGCUCCUCCAGAAUUUUCUAAGAGAAAUUAGGGUUCCAUUAGAGAAGGAAAAUUCAGCAUUAAAUCUUUGUAGCAGAAAACAACAAAGCAUUAUUACUCCCAAUUGCCUUCUUCCUCUCCCCCAAGCCCUAGUCCAAGAAGAUAGCACAUGGUGAAAUGAGAAGCAGCAAGGUAGAAGGUUGUGGAGAGGUUAAAGCUAUAAUCAUAAACUCGGGAAAUUGUUAAAAAAAAAAAAAAAAAAAAGCUUCUUUGGGCAAGAAAUAGCAUUUCCUCUCAGGUUCCUUGGCUUUGAAAUUAAUUUUCCAGCCUCACAAAACCUUUUCACGAAAAGCUUAUACAUUUAUUAAAAAGCUUAUACAUUUUGCAUUGCCCCACUGUAUCUCUGGAAUCAAGAGGAGAAAAACAAGGACUUUAAAAGUCUACUAUCAAUCUCUACUGCCUUAGAACUUCUGAAUUGCCAAGAACUCAGGAAAUAAGUAAGGUCAGGAUCACAUCUAUUGAUUCUAUAAAAUAUACAGUUAAAAUGUCUGGAAAGCGUAAACGUGUGGUGUUGACCAUUAAAGAUAAACUUGACAUUAUAAAGAAACUUGAAGAAGGUAGCUCUUUCAAACGACUUUCAGUUGUUUAUGGGAUUGGUGAAUCCACUGUUCGAGAUAUAAAAAAGAACAAAGAAAGAAUUAUAACUUAUGCAAAUAGUUCAGAUCCAACAAGUGGUGUAUCCAAACGCAAGUCUAUGAAGUCAUCAACGUAUGAGGAACUUGAUAGGGUUAUGAUAGAAUGGUUCAACCAGCAAAGAAAUGAGGGGAUUCCAGUAUCUGGAACAAUUUGUGCAAAACAAGCAAAAUUCUUCUUUGAUGCUUUGGGAAUGGAAGGUGAUUUUAAUGCAUCAUCUGGUUGGCUAACCCGUUUUAAACAGAGGCAUGGCAUUCCAAAGGUUGCUGGUCAAGGUACGAAGUUAAGUGGGGAUGAAACAGCUGCCAGUGAAUUUUGCUGCAGUUUCAGGGAAUUUAUUGAAAAAGAAAAUCUUCAACCAGAGCAGAUAUAUAGUGCUGAUCAGACUGGAUUAUUUUGGAAGUGUCUGCCAUCAAGGACAUUAGCUUUUGAAACAGAGCACAGUACUUCUGGGUACAGGUCAAGCAGAGAAAGAAUCAUUAUCAUGUGUUGUGCUAAUGCCACUGGUUUGCACAAACUUAACCUUUGUGUAGUGGGGAAAGCAAAGAAGCCCCGUUCAUUUAAAGGAACUGAACCUUCCAACCUCCCUGUUUCUUACUUCAGUCAAAAAGGUGCAUGGAUAGAACAUCCUGUUUUCAGGCAAUGGUUUGACAAAAAUUUUGUGCCACAGGUACGAAAGAAUUUAAAAUCCAAAGGGUUGCUGGAAAAAGCAGUAUUGCUUUUGGAUUUUCCACCAGCUCAUCCAGAUGAAGAAAUCUUGAGUUCAGAUGAUGGCAAAAUAUUUGUGAAAUAUUUGCCCCCUAAUGUGACAGCUUUAAUUCAACCUAUGAGCCAAGGGAUUUUAGCUACCUUGAAAAGGUAUUACCGAGCAGGACUUCUUCAGAAGUACAUGGAUGAAGGUAUUGAUCUUAAAAUGUUUUGGAAGAACUUAACUGUGUUAGAUGCUAUUUAUGAAGUGUCAAGGGCAUGGAAUAUGAUAAAGUCAGUAACCAUUACAAGAGCAUGGAAUAAACUUUUCCCUGGUAGUGAGGAAAACAUAGGUUUGAACUUUGAUGAGGGAGCUAUUUUAGCAGCUAACUUAGCCACUGUUUUACAGCAUACAGAAGGCUGUGAAAAUGUUGAAAUUGAAAACAUUGAAGACUGGUUUGAAGCUGAAAAUACUGAACCAAGUUAUGAUGUAUUAACAGAUAGUGAAGGAACACAAGGCCAGGUAGACCAAGCUGAUCGCUCAAGUAAAAAUGAGGAGGUAGAGGAAACAGAACUUAUUUCACAAAGGCAUAUUAGCCAUAAAUCUGCUCUUGAAUGGACUGAGAAUUUAUUGGAUUAUCUGGAACAGCAGGAUGAUAUGCUUCUGUCUGACAAACUGGUCUUAAGAAGGCUUCGAACUACAAUAAGAAAGAAACAGAAGACCCAGAAUAAUAACAAAAGUCAGUAACAAAUGUUUUUAAGUGUUUGUGUGACUGUGACUUUUAACUCUCACUGAGGCUUCAUUAUUUUAUUUAAAGUGUUGUUAAUUCCAAAGCCAAGUACAUUUUAUAAAUGAAUUUAGGAUUAGCAAUGCCACUGCUUUCUCAACAGUAAAACUGAUAUUUGAAAAUUAAUCUGUAACCUUCCUAUUGUUUCUAAUCUUUAUUGUAUUAAUUAGAUCAUGAGUCUCAUGAGGCCAGUGAUCUUGUGUCUUGUUUUGUACCCAAAUAACAUAGUGUUUAUUUAAUACAGAGCCAUAUACUUUUGGCUUCUCAAUAAAUACUAACUGAAUUGUA